AUGCGCCGAAGCACUUUUCCCUCCCGGCCCAGCAAGCCCGAUACGGCCAUGCGCGCCCCCGAGCCGCCCAGGCGCAAGGUAUUCAACUGCAUCGUCGACGACACUGCUCUCAUCGCCGGCGUCAAGAAGAGCACGCGCGACGGCAUCCGCAAGUGGAUUUCUCAGGACGCCAUCCGCCUCUUUGUCCCGCUGCACACCCUCACCCAGCUCCAUCGCCUCAAGAAUGGUACCGAGCGCAUCAACGCCGACGCGCGCGAAGCCGUCAAAUGGCUUGACGAAGUCACGUCUAACGAGGCCGCAAGCCGCGUCCAGCUCGAAGGUGCCGACGAGGCUUACAGCACCUGGGCCGAGGUGGAGCAUUUCCUACUCCCCGAGACCCUGCUCUCCAUGGAAGACAGCGAGUCGGACGACGAUGACUAUCACGAAGACUUGGAGAGCUCCUUCAACGCCCUUGACAUGUCUGACGAGACAUCUAUGAGUUCGACUCACAGCUUCGACGACAUGUCAAAGACGCUCGAGUCUCCGCGCUCCUUCUCCAGCAGGAACACCAAGCCCGCCAACCGAGCCACACAUGCCGACAAGGCUGCAGCUUUGAUCGGGGGCUCCCCGGGCCGUACCGCUCUUAACAGUACUGGCGGCGCCCGUUCUGGGAAGGCGACCAAGGGCCCCGUACCCAUCUACCUCCAGCCCCUCUUCAAUCAUAUUCUAUGGCGCAUCAACAAGGAAGGAAACCCAGAUGCCGCCCUCGAGUCCUUCAUCCUCCUCACGAACGAUCCUGCGAAGCAGGCAAUCGCCCAGAAAUUCGGCAUCCGCGCCAAGCGCCUUGAGCAGCUACGGGAUGCGGUUGCUCGUGAAGACCGUGAAUACAAGAACCAUUUGACCAUUCACAAACUCGAGGUCGAGGCGAGUGCUGCUAAGGGCAACAACUCAGGCGCGUCCAAAGCAACGGAGCGACCUAAAUCCAGUCCCGCACUUGAGACUAAGCCCGAGGAAACAUCAGACGAUGAGGAUGAGGUUCUCUUCAAGCGCGCCCCUCGCGGUCCAGCAGCUACCAAUAGCCCCAACCCACGUGUUUUCGAUCCCAACGAUUUCGCGCGUACAACACAGCAGCCAUCCCCUCGUGGUGGACGCGGCGGGCAUGGAUCGCCUCGCGGUCGCGGCGCUGCACCUUUUCGAGGCCGUGGUAACUUUGCUCCUCGGGGCGCGUACGUUCCCCCAGGUCCGACUUUCCGAGCCCCACCAGCUCCUCGUCAUGAUCCCAACGCACCACUCGACCCCGACUCAUUCUCUCGUCCGGCUCCCAAGGUAGGCCCAGUACGGGGCGGUAACAGACGAAAGCUAUGGGAGCCGAAUUAG